AUGGCUGCCAACUCCAAGGACCCCAACAUCAAACUCUUGGUGUUCAACGGGAUCAAGAAAAGCUACCGCUUUUGGACCCAGAAGUUUACGAGCCGACCUGAGCCGAAGAUCAAGUUCGAAGACUGGCUGUACGGCGAGCCCCCAGUGUUACAUGGCGCGGACGAAUCUGAGCAACGGUGA